AUGGAGUAUGAGAACAGAGGAGGCCAUAAGACUGGUAGUGGAGCUCUGGCAAGCUCCCAGGAUGUUGCAAUUGAGAGGAGAGAGAGGCUCCGGAGGCUUGCACUGGAGUCAAUAGAUCUUUCUAAGGAUCCAUACUAUAUGAAGAACCAUCUGGGCCAGGUUGAAUGUAGACUCUGUUCCACAAUUCACACAAAUGAGGGAUCAUAUUUGUCACAUACUCAGGGAAGGAAACACCAAACAAACUUAGCAUAUAGAGCAUCCAAAGAAAAGAAUUUGAAGGCAGUUGUCAAACCUCCUCAGAGUGAAAAUGCAGACCAAGCCAAACCAAGGGCUCCAAGAAUAGGACAGCCAAAAUAUAAAGUAUCUAAACAUAGGGAAGGGUCAACUGGCACUAAUUGUGUAUAUUGUAAAUUUCAUUUUCAAGAAAUACUUGAAGAUCAUGUUCCUGGAUUUAGAAUAAUGUCGUGUUGGGAGCAAAAGGUAGAGAAGCCUAACCCUAAAUACCAAUACUUAUUUGUAGGGGCAGAACCUUAUAAUACUGUUGGAGUUAGAAUACCAAACACAGAGCUAAUUAAACAAAAAACUCAAACAUACUGGGAUGAAGAAAGAAAAAUAUAUCAUAUCCAGCUAUACCUAUCAAGCAGUAAACAAUAA